UUUUCCCGCCCACUUGAGCCGACCAUACAAAAAAACCACCACCGCCAUUGAUGAACACAACAAAACUCUUCCUUUUUCAAAACCUAUCAGCAUUCUGAAUCUCUUUGAUUCUGCGUUCAAAUGGCGUCUGAACAACUAACUGAAUACGAGCGAAAACGACUCCAAAACAUUAAGCGAAACGACGAGGUUUUGGCUUCUCUUAAGAUACUCUCCAAGGCCUCCGAUCUCUCUGCUGCUGCAAAGCGCCAAAAAGUUGAAACUAAAUCAUAUAAACUCACUCCACAGAAGAAGGUCAAAUCAGAGACUCCAGUUGUGAUCAGGCAAUCUUUAAGAACUAGAGGGAUGCCUCCAGAUUUUAAGGGUUUAGCUUUAAGUGAUGAUUUUGUUGAUUCUGAUAAUAAAACUUCAAAGUCUGUUAGUUUCAAGGGGUCUUCUUCUCCUGAUAUGAGUGGUUCUAUUAGUUUUAAAAAUGCUUAUGCUGAGAGAAGUGAGUCUGAUUCUGAUAGAUCACUUAUUGAUGCCAUUUUAGGUGUUGCUAAGCAACACCAUGGUGGUUUAGUUGAAGAGAAGUCUGAUACUUGUUCGGAUAUUGAAAUAAAAUCCCAAGUGGCUGUUUUGGUUAAACAAGAAAGUGAUGAGAACUUGAGUGAAAAAUGUGAUUCACAUGAUUUAGUUAAAGAAUUUGACAGGUCUAAGACUUGUGAAGAUGAGGAUUAUUCUUCUGAUUUGAUUAACAGUGUAGUUAAGGCUGAGAAGACUGAACUUAGGAGUCAUGUUGAUUUGGGAUCAUUGAUUUUGAAGUCAAACAAUAUAGCACGACUUAUGCCUGGAAAGAUCCUGGUAACGAAAUUUUUCCCUUCUAAUGAUACGAGGAUGGUUAUGGCUGGGAACAGGUAUGGGAAUGUCGGAUUUUGGAAUUUAAAUGCUAUGCAAGAUGAAGAAGAUGGGAUAAAUUUGUACCACACGCAUACAGGACCUAUAUCAGGAAUUGUAGUUCAACAAUCUUGCUUGUCUAAGAUCUUUACUAGCUGCUAUGAUGGUUUCAUUCGAUUGAUGGAUGUUGAAAAGGAGGUAUUUGAUUUGGUUCAUUCUGGUGAGUACUCCAUAUAUUCUCUUUCACAGCAGCCAAAUGUCGCAAACACCCUAUAUUUCAGUGAAGGUCAAGGGGGACUGAAUAUUUGGGAUGUUAGAACUAAAAAAUCCACAACUGAAUCUCAUCUUCAUAAUGCAAGGAUCAACACCAUUGAUUUUAACUCACAAAACCUCAGCACCAUGGCUACCAGUUCCUCAGAUGGGACCGCUUGUCUUUGGGACUUGAGAAGUAUGAAUGCACAUAAACCCCAACCUUUGAAGAUAGCAAGUCACAAAAAGGCUGUGCAUGCUGCAUACUUCUCACCCUCUGGAAGCUCCCUUGUAACAACAAGUUAUGAUGAUACGGUUGGAAUAUGGAGUGGUGUCAACUUUGAGGACGCUUGCAUGAUAGAACAUUAUAAUCAGACAGGCAGAUGGAUAUCUACUUUCAGAGCGGUAUGGGGCUGGGAUGAUUCAUAUGUCUUCAUCGGCAACAUGAAAAGAGGAGUUGAUAUAAUAUCUCCAGCUGAAAGAAGAACAGUAAUGACCCUACAGAGCCCUCAUAUGUCUGCAAUUCCUUGCAGAUUUCAUACACACCCUUAUGAAGUUGGGAUGCUGGCAGGGGCCACAAGUGGAGGCCAGGUUUACGUGUGGACAACAGGCCAGGAAUAUGCAGAAGAGUAAUGUUAUUGUUGCUAAAUGACAUGCAACUGUUUUUGUUAAGCUAAUCGAGACGGCACUCGUGGCUUGUAGGAUUUACUUUUAGUUGUCAAAUUGAAUUCUACUUUCAGUUUUGAAACUGCUCUAUGAAGUAAAGUGUAAUACUAAUACUAAUUUUGGUAAACUUUCCUGUAAUCUGUAAAUUUUAAGAUUUGAUGGAAAUUCGCCCUUUUUUACUUUCUUCAA